AGAGCGAGAAGCUGCGGAUGGAGGGAGAGACGCGCCACCUCUCCAUCGAGCAGCAGCGUCUCAAUGAGACUGUGUCAGCCACCGAGAAGGAGCUGGGUUCCACCAAGCACAAACUCCAGGAGCUGCAGACUCAACUGGCUGAGAUAAAGAGCUGCCACAAUCGCGAGAUUGCUAAAGUCACAUCCAGAGGACAAACUGAACUGAAGGGGGAAGUCGACCACUUACGCCUUUCCAACAGACAGCUUGAGACGACACUGGAGUCGAGAGAGAGAGCCCACCGACAAAGAGUGAAGGGGCUGGAGGAGCAGGUCUCUCUCCUGAAGACCCAGCUCAGCGUCGAGCUCCAGCACAAGCAGCAGUACAUCCGCCUGUCGUCCCGGACUAACCACCAGCUCUCCGGCCUGCGCCGGAACCUGACCGACUCCCUCAACGCCGUGUCCCGUGACCCCGAGCUGUCCGUCCUGGCCUCGGAGACCCGGCGUCUGGACCGCUCGCUCACCCGCAGCCUGCGCUCCUCCCCGGCCUGUCCCUCUGCUCCCUCGCCCGUCCGCAGUCCGUCUCUCAGCCCACACCGUCCCCCGCCGGGAGCUGAACUCUGACCCCCCACCUCCCACCUCCCACCGGCUCGGGGAGGGUCUGGACACUCCGGCCGCCUUUUCCCGGGGGUUUGGGUGGCGU